UAGGACAUCAUGCCAGCCGUCGAGUCCCAGCUUGAGGCACUAUGGAACAUUCUGAAACAGAAGGCGCCCAUCCUGAGACCAAAAAUUAUCCCUCGCGGCUAUGACGAUGAGCAAUUGUCAUCUCUAUGUAAUUCCACUCAGUUCCAGCUAUGCAACUUGGAAAAGCAAGCUCUUGAGCUCACUCACGGACGCUGUUCGAUUUGCGACCAGGAAAUGCGUCUCGCGGCGCGCUUGGCAACUGAAUGGUCAUUCAACUUUAAAGAACUGGUUAUGAGCCUCAACAAGUUGAUGGUACUCUGUUCGACGUGCUACGAAUUGACGGACUUGGAAGCAUUUUUGACCAAGACGAUGACCUCUCACAAUAGCGAGCUAGAAUCACAGCUCUCGACUUUCUGUAAACUCAAUGGCUACAACACCGAGAACCCAGUAAAAAGAGCUCUCUACGUGGAAGAAUGCUAUUCAAUAGCCUACUCAAUCAAAACUAUUUUGAGCAAUUGCCCGAAACUGAAAAUUGCAAAUCAGGAAUUCUUACAGCUCGAAAAAAAAAACACAAGUGACAUAUUGUCUAUCUUACAGUUGCCUCAGUCUGCCAAGGACCAAGCCUCAAUAUCAUGAUGCGAAAACAAAAAAUUGAAGGACGUUAUCGAAGAUGGCUGUUGAAACAGCGUUGUUCAAAGGGCAUUUAAACCUUGCGAAGGAGAUUAAGUAAAUAUAAACGUAUGUAGCCGCAUCAAGCUGCACGUGUAUAGCGACUGUGCGUGAUACACAUUCCCGAAAGAGAAA